GUAAAAUAAAAUAAAAUUAUCUCCACCCAUAAAAGCAAUAAUAUUUGAAAAACCAACCCAACAAGCAUGGCCACAACCCCACUUUUCAUCACACCACCGCCACCACCUUCAGCCACCGCGGCGCCACCAUUUACAGUAGAAACCCUUGCCGUCUUAAUUGACAAAUCCAAAUCCAAAACCCACCUUCUCCAAAUCCACGCUUCUCUCGUUCGACGCAACCUUGACGACCACACUAUCCUUAACUUCAAACUCCAACGCCGUUAUUCCUCUCUCGGCCACCUCAACUACUCCGUCACCCUCUUCAACCGCACACGUAACCGAGACGUGUACACAUGGACCUCCAUUAUCCAUGCACACACCCAAUCAAAACUCAACGACCAAGCACUUUCUUACUAUGCUCAAAUGCUUACCCACCGUAUCCAACCCAACGCCUUCACUUUUUCUUCUCUUCUCAAUGGCAGCACCAUUCAACCAAUCAAAUCCAUUCACUGCCAUGUUAUCAAAUUCGGGUUGUGUUCGGAUACUUAUGUUGCAACGGGUUUAGUUGAUGGUUACGCAAGAGGGGGUGAUUUUAUUUCUGCAGAGAAGCUCUUUGAUAAAAUGCCUGAGAAGAGUUUGAUUUCUUUUACGACAAUGCUUAUGUGCUACGCGAAGCACGGGAAGCUUCUUGAGGCGAGGUUGUUGUUUGAUGGAAUGGAGGGAAAUAGAGACGUGGUUGUUUGGAAUGUGAUGAUUGAUGGGUAUGCUCAAAAUGGGUUUCCGAAUGAGUGUUUGUUGCUUUUUAGAAGAAUGCUUGUUGAGAAAGUUAAGCCUAAUGUGAUUACUUUGUUGCCUGUUCUUUCUUCUUGUGGUCAAGUUGGUGCUUUGGAGAGUGGUAGAUGGGUUCAUUCUUAUAUUAAGAACGGGAAAGAUGGUGUUGUUGGGGUUGAAGUUCGUGUUGGUACAGCGUUGGUUGAUAUGUAUUGUAAAUGUGGGAGCUUGGAGGAUGCAAGAAAGGUUUUUGACAAGAUUGAUGGUAAGGAUGUGGUAGCUUGGAACUCGAUGAUAAUGGGUUAUGCUGUUAAUGGGUUGAGUGAAGAAGCUUUGAAGUUGUUUCAUGAGAUGCAUGGUGAGGGAGUUCGACCUAGUUAUGUUACUUUUAUUGCACUUUUGACUGCUUGUGGACAUUCUGGUUUGGUUACCAAAGGAUGGGAGAUGUUCAAUUUGAUGAAGAAUGAGUAUAAGAUGGAACCAAGGGUUGAGCAUUUCGGAUGUAUGGUUAAUCUUCUUGGUAGAGCCGGGCGUUUGCAAGAAGCGUAUGAUCUUGUGAGGAGUAUGAAGAUUGAUCCUGAUCCUGUGAUUUGGGGAACUUUACUCUGGGCUUGUAGACUUCAUAACAAUAUUUCAUUGGGAGAGGAGAUAGCGGAGUUUCUUCUGAGCAAUGAUUUAGCUAGUUCUGGGACUUAUGUUCUUCUUUCGAACAUAUAUGCCGCCGCUGGCAACUGGGAUGGUGCAGCAAAGGUUAGAUCGUUGAUGAAAGACAGUGGAGUUGAAAAGGAACCUGGUUGUAGUAUAAUUGAAGUUAACAACAGGGUACACGAGUUUAUUGCUGGUGAUUUAAAACAUCCUAAGAGCAAAGAUAUAUAUUUGAUGCUGGAGGAGAUGAAUAGUUGGCUCAAGGGAAAAGGUUAUACUCCAAAAACAGAUGUUGUUUUACAUGACAUAGGGGAGGAACAGAAGGAGCUAUCCUUGGAAGUUCAUAGUGAAAAACUUGCAUUGGCAUUUGGGCUUAUUAGUACUCGUCCAGGAACUACGGUUAAGAUUGUAAAGAACCUUCGUGUGUGUUUGGAUUGUCAUGCUGUGAUGAAGAUGAUAUCUAAGAUCACUGGGCGUAGAAUUGUAAUGAGGGACAGGAACCGGUUCCACCACUUUGACAAUGGUUCAUGUUCAUGUGGGGAUUUUUGGUGAACUUAAUACAUAGAAUUUUCUUUCUUGAGGAAAAAGAGCCCAGGUUUUUGCCGUUGUAGUUAACUGAGGGUUUUUAAAUUAGUGAUAUCAAAUAUAAAGACUAAAUUACUUUUUGUAUACUUUACAUUUAAACUUUGUUAUAAAAAAGAAUG